AGACAACCAGCAAUUCGAGAAUCUGCCAUGCCAUGCAUAUUUACAUAUGUAAUUCCACAUUAACACGUAUUUUCAGUCUCUUGUGUCAUUUGCUCUGCCAAACAAUCUUUGUGUUAUCAAUUUUAAUAAACAAAAUCUUAAAAUAUGGCUCAGUACGUAGAAUUGGCGAGUGGGUAUAAAAUGCCAACUGUUGGACUUGGGACUUGGCAAGCAACCAAUGCGACAGAGAUAGAAUCUGCGGUGGACGAAGCCCUUAAAGCCGGCUAUCGGCAUAUUGAUACUGCAUAUUUGUAUGAAAAUGAAAAAUCCAUCGGGAAGGUUCUUCGAGAAUGGCUUGACUCUGGACGUGUGAAACGUGAGGACCUCUUCAUCGUAACGAAGCUUCCAGGAAUUGGUGUACACCCUGACCGUGUUCCCUACUUUUUGAAAAAAUCUUUGGAAUCCCUUCAGUUGGAUUACGUGGACCUUUACUUGAUCCACUCGCCCAUAGGAAUGCAAUACGUUAAUGACACGGAAAUGUGGCCAGCUAAGGACGGUGAGCCCUUAUACGACAUGGACACAGAUUUGGAAGCAACCUGGAAAGCAAUGGAGAAAGAGGUUGAUGCAGGUCAUGCAAAGUCCAUUGGAGUUUCUAAUUUUGAUGAAGAUCAGGUUGAAAGAAUUGUGAAAAUUGCAAGAAUUCCAAUAUCAAACAUCCAAGUGGAACUACAAGUUUACAUGCAACAAAAAUCUUUGAGAGAAACAUGUCGCAAGCAUAACAUAUCGGUUUGCAGUUACGGGCCGAUCGGAAGUCCGGGUCGCAAAGCGUUAUUUGAAAAAAGGGGAAUGAAAUUCGAAGAUCCAGGUCUGCUGGAUGAUGCUGUGGUCAAAUCGAUAGCUGAACACCACAAUAAAACAACUGCACAAAUCCUCCUUCGAUUUCUUGUCCAAGAAGGAAUAAUUGUAAUUCCAAAAAGCACAAACCCUCAACGACUCAGAGCAAAUAUUAAUAUUUUUGACUUCGACUUAUCACAAGACGACAUGACUCGACUCACGGCAUUGGAUAGAAAGGAGGAUGGUCGAUUUUUCACGUUUGCAGCAUUCAAAGGAAUAAAUAACCAUCCCGAGUGCCCAAAAUUCAUCAAGAGUCGAAUUCAAAAAUAGAAAUCCGAAUUCAAGAAUUCUUACCUUUGUUGCCGUAUGUACAUAUGUGCAUGCUGAAAAACGUCAAAGGAUAUAUGAUUAUGUUGUUUGAUAAUAUCAUUUUUUGUGAAUUCUACUUAAACCAUCAGUUUCGUGCAAUCAAUUUAAUACACAAUAUUAGAUAAUGUAUUUACAUACUUGAAAUAACAUCACUGUGAAUUAUGCAGUGUCAUUUAAAUAACCUUGAUUUCCAUGAUUUAAUGAUGUAACUUUGGCUAAAUAAAACAAGCUUAUUCAUGAUAAUGACAAGCA